AUGGUCCUGACUAUAAACUCCUCGCCUGAUCCCACUCUGGCUUUCCUGGUCUCAACGCCCACAGACCCCUCGCUGGACACGCUGGCUGCAGACCCCAGUCCAGAGCCCUCAGCUGCAGACCUCAGUCCCGACUCACCGGCUGCAGAACCCAGUCCCGACUCACCGGCUGCAGAACCCAGGCCCGACUCCCCGGUCGCUGAACCCAGGCCCCACUCCCCAGCUGCUGAACCCAGGCCCCACUCCCCGGCCGCUGAACCCAGGCCCCACUCCCUGGCUGCUGAACCCUGGCCCCACUCUCCAGCAGCAGAAUCCAGGUCUGGUACCAUAGCAGCAGAAUCCCGUCCUGACCCAGCAGCAGGAGCAGGAAAACCCUGUCCUGACCCAGCAGCAGUAGCCAAAUCCCGUUCUGAUCCAUCAACUAACACCAUCCUGUCUGUCCCCGCUGCUGCCGACACCGUCCCUUCUGGUCAAACCGCUGCCAGCUUCAUCACCUCAUCUUUUCUGGUCUAG